GAGGUGCAGGGACGGAGAGUGAGCAAGAGAAAGAGAGAGAGAGAGAGAGAGAGAGAGAGAGAGAGAGAGAGAGAGAGAGAGAGAAAAAGAGACAAGAGAACGCAGCCAAGACAACACAACACACAGCCGCACACUACAGCUUCGACCGGCACCGUGUGUGUACAGGCCGCGACCAGCGAGCAGAAUAAGACGGUGGGGCGCGCUUGGAGGUCCCCCAAAUUUGGUGGCCCUCACACAUACACGCGCUCUCUCGCUCUCUCGAGCGGUGUGAGUGUUUUGAGGCCGGUUCCCGUUCGAGAAUCCCACCAACGGUGACACACUAGCCGCGUGACGUCUUCCCGGUGUGCUUGUUAGGAAAGUGUGGCCCGUGCCGACGGUGACGACGGCCAACACGGUACGCGCGACACGGCCUUUUUUCAUCCCGGCCCCAGUGUUCCCGGGUGUAAAAGACUGUAAAGAAGUAUUUGGCCAACGGUGACAAAUGUGUAUGUGUGUGUGUGUGCGAGUGAGUGAGUUUAAGUGCGUGUGCAGUUAAACAAGAAAAAGGUUACAGGUAACGCUGGACACUCGUUUUUGGUUUUUAUUUUCACGGUCAAACACGCGGCUUCAAUGGUGCGCUAAUAUUGUGUACCGCUUGCGUGCCUGUAUAUGUGUGUGUGUGUGCCUUGCAUCAAUCCACACCUUCGGGGCAAUCGGCAACGAUCAACCGACCAACGCGGCCAACCCAGCGCGCUCAAAAGUCCCCUUACCUCCCUAACCGACGGCGCAUCUCGAAAACUCGGAAAGAAAACCAAAAGGAAAAACCCAUUCACGCGUGCAAGAAAGCGUGUGGCCAGCGAUAGCCGCUCGGUCGGCGUGUGUGAAACCUUUACCCUGCCCGGCCCGGGACCGGGAAGGUGUGCUUCGAUGACGUGCACCUAGUAGACGAAUCGGACGAGCAGCCGGCGCACACCGUAGCCGGUAACGACGGAACACGCAGCCGUGGCACUCCCUCUCCCUCUCGGUCGGUGCAAAUGGAAGUGCUACUCGGGCGAGGCAAGCGGACCACUAGCACGGUGACGAGGACGACCAGCGGACCUGUUGCCGCACCGCACAUCACCAGCAGCCCCAGCAGCAGCAGCAGUUGCAGCAUCGGCGCGCACCGGGUGCGCAAGUGGCGCCACGGGCAACGGCGCCGCCGGAGACGUAGCCCGGGUCCGUCCUGCUCGCCACCAGGUGCGGGGGUGUUCAUCAGAUAGCGUCUCGAAAUUCGUCCGCGGCCCUUCUGAAGCGCAGCAAACACAACUGUGUGCCCAAAGCCUGUAACAGAGACUCCUAGAAGACUCCACCAAGCGGAAACAGUGUGUUGAAGUGUUGCCAACUGAUUGAGUGAAAGUGACAAAUAGUGACAAAACAGUGCUGCUGCUUUAGCGAUUACAAUCAAACAAAAAACUUGCUGAAAAAAGCUCUCUCUCUCUCUGCCUUUGCCCUUCCAUCGCUCUUGGUCUAUCAACCAAACAACGCCCCCAGGACAAACCGGUUGGGGAAGACGCAGACGAGCUAUGGGAGUGGUCAGCAUGACACAGCGGAAGAAGAUCCUGUACGGUAUAUUCGGCAUCAUCGUCGGGCUCUGCAUCGGCGCCCUGCUGCGCAACUAUCGCACACUCGAGAUCGUCAGCAUGUGCAAUUCCAUGAACAGCAUGAAGCAAAAAUCCGCCCUCGAAAUCAUCGGAUUGCAGCCGUCCGAGCUGCCCACCAACUCCCAGAACACGCUCGUGUUCGUCGGCGUGAUGACGGCGAAGGACUUCCUGCAGGGGCGGGCCCGGGCCGUGUACGAAACCUGGGGCAAGCGCGUCCCGGGCAAGAUCGCGUUCUUCAGCUCGCAGGACUCGGUCGCACCGGACCUGCCGCUGGUCGCGCUCAAGGGCGUCGACGACCGGUACCCGCCGCAGAAGAAGAGCUUCAUGAUGCUGCACUACAUGUACGUGCACUUCAUCGACCGGUUCGAGUGGUUCGCCCGGGCUGACGACGACGUGUACAUCCGGACAGAUCGGCUCGAGAAGUUUCUGCGCUCGAUCGACAGCUCGAAGCCGCAGUUCAUUGGGCAGGCGGGCCGCGGCAACAGCGAAGACUUCGGGCUGCUGUCGCUCGAGUUUGACGAGAACUUCUGCAUGGGUGGGCCGGGCGUGAUCAUGAGCCGGGAAACGUUGCGGCGCGUCGCGCCCCACAUACCCACCUGUCUGAAGAAUCUCUACAGCACGCACGAGGACGUUGAGGUGGGCCGGUGCGUGCAGAAGUUUGCCGGCAUCCCGUGCACCUGGAACUAUGAGAUGCAGUCCAUCCUGCACCACAACUCGAGCGGCACCCGGGCGUUCUCCGGCAUCCUGAAGAGCAAGGAGGUGCACAGUGCCAUCACACUCCACCCGGUAAAGAAGCCCGCCUUCAUGUACCGGCUGCACGCGUACAUGCUCGGACUGCAGGCGCAGGAGCUGCGGCAGGAGUCACUGCUGCUCCACCGGGACAUUGCGCAGAUGACGGAGCUGCUGCAGAUACCGCGCAUCAACAAAAACCUGGCGCCCGGUGUGCCGAUCUUCCCAGAGGACGAGAGCAGCACGGACUACCUGGGCGACCACAACGUGCUCGGUGCACUGCCAGAUCUGAAUCGGCACCGGCCGCGCAACCUGGACGAGGUGGUCGAGUGGGACUUUAUCGCGAAGAGCCUGUACUCGGGGAUGCACCCGAACCCGAAGCGCCGCAUCGAGUCGUCGCUGAAGGAGGGUCUGACGGAUGUGAUACGGGAGAUCAUGGAGCACAUCAACAACUUCUCCCGGCAGCGGGGCCGUGUGAUCGAGUUCCGGGAGCUCCUGUACGGGUACAUGCGCGUGAACAGCCUGUACGGGCAGGACCUGAUACUCGAUCUGCUGCUGGUGUACAAAAAGUACCGGGGGAAGAAGAUGACGGUCCCGGUCCGGCGCCACCUGUACAUCCAGCGCUCGUUCACGGAGAUUCGCGUGCGGGAAAUUGUCGACGGUGUGGUACCUAGUCAAGCGGUGACGUCCGGCCCACGGGUGUCGCCCAACACCGACACCACGCGACCCUUCACCAAUGCAACCGGGCUGGAUCGCAUCUCACAUCGCGUCAAGUCGCUGUUCAACGGGCUCGAGCGGUUGACGGAUACGCUGGCAAGCAGCGGCCAGCAGCGGUCGGCCAGUGGUGCCGGUCGACAUCGCGACCGGAUCGUACUGGUGAUACCAUUGUCCGGGCGGUCGGAAACGUUCAUGCGCUUUCUGCGCAACUACGAGGAGGUCGCGUUGCGCCAGGACGGCGCCACCGAUCUGUUAGUGUCGAUGUAUGUCGAACCUGUCGAGACACCGAUGAUUGUGGCGCUGCUGGACAACUUGCGGGCGCGCUAUCCGACCGCCCGCAUCAACUACCUGCAGCUGUACGGGAACUUUUCGCGCGGCGUCGCACUCGACCGUGCGAUCAAAUCGCCCCACUGCGACCCGAACGACAUCCUGUUCCUGAUCGACGUGGACAUGGUGUUCACGGUCGAGUCGCUCGACCGCAUCCGAUUCAACGUGAUCCGCCACCGGCAGAUCUACCUGCCGAUCGUGUUCAGCGAGUACGAUCCGCGCGCGCCCAGCACUAUCCUCGCACCGGGCUGGACGUCAGCCACGACCGAGCGGCCGAAGCCGGCCACCGAGCCGGCCGACCGGCCGCGCAACUUCUCCGUCCCGUACCGGAUCACGAACGAGAACGGGUACUUCCGCCAGUUCGGGUACGGGCUGGUCGGCAUCUACAAGGCGGACCUGAUGCGGCCCGACCUGAAGGGCUUCAGCACCGACAUUAACGGCUGGGGCCUGGAGGACGUCAAGUUUCUCGAGAACGUGAUCGCACUGAACCAGCGCGGCAACCAGCGGCUGCAAGCGAUUGCCGACGGGCGGUGGGAUCCGUUCGAGCCGGCGGCGAACGGACCGGCAUCGUCGACGGUGCCGCCACCCCCGAGCGAGGAGCUCGCCAUCUUCCGUGCGCCCGACCCGUCGCUGGUGCACAUCUUCCACCCGAUUCAUUGUGAUACGAGCCUGGAUGAGGCCCAGUACAAGAUGUGCCUCGGCACCAAGGCGAACACGAUCGGCAGCUACGACAUGCUGCACGACCGGUUCAUCCACAGCCAGCCGCUGCUGAUGUUUGCCCGCAGGCAGAGCCAAAGCCGGGGUGGCGGAUAACGCUUCGGCCAUCGGUUCGUCGUCUGCUCACUCCUUACCCGUGCCCUCUUAGCAGUAUCUUGUGUAAAUAUAGAUGUUUCGAAGAUUUUCUAAACCA